GGGCGCGCUGAUCCUCGCUCGGUGUGUGAGUGAACAGACGAAGUAGGGACCCGCGCGCGCACACACACUCUCACACUGUCUCUCACUCUCACUCUCUCACUCUCUCUCUUCUCCUUUUGCGCUUGCACGCGGCGAGAGGGGGGGAACAGGGAAAGGGAAGAAUGAGGAAGAAGUCCGCCGUGCUGCGCGCCGCCUCGUCCCAACAAAUGCGGGUUUGCUGAUGAAGCGCCGCUCCGGUCAUCCGAUCAUACAGGUCGCGCUGCAUGGAAACGAGGAGUAGGCAACGGCAGAAAACAACAGCAACAAAAGAGAGAAGACGCUGUCGGUGCAUGGGAAUCCGGACACCUCUCCCUCUCUUUUGUGCGUCUCGGUCGGUGGAUACGCCGCCUUGUAUAAGAGCUCCCUGCGUCUCCAUUACCAUUCCCCACUACGGGCUUACCUCUACUACUCCUCCUCCUCUUCCUCCUCGUCCUGCUACUGUUACUAGUAGAGCUAAAGACCGGCUUUUACUACUGACUGUCUCGUGGACACAUUUUGGAUAAAAAGGACAGGUAUCUGAUGGUGUGAAGAGUUGCUGAUCAUCCAGUCCUGUUGAAGGUUCAGCAUCCUCAUUAACCGUCGCCUCCCGGUACCGGUUCGGACGUCGACAUGGGUCGCUGGGAUCACUCCUCCCUCCGGUCCCCUGCCCUGAGGAUAGCAGUCCUCACGGUGAUUCUCCUCCUGGAGCUCCACCCCUCGUUGGCCGGCGCUCCCCCUGAGCAGAGCUUGGGUAGCUCCGUUUCCGCCGUGUCCACCAAUAAAACCGAAUGCAGCAAGCCUGAGGCGUGCGCAAAGGGGGUCGUCCUGCCCAUUUGGGAGCCCCAAAACCCGUCGUUCGGGGACAAAGUGGCCCGGGCGACGGUUUACUUCGUGGCUCUGGUCUACAUGUUCCUGGGCGUGUCGAUCAUCUCGGACCGUUUCAUGGCAUCGAUAGAGGUCAUCACGUCGCAGGAAAAGGAAAUCACCAUCAAGAAACCCAACGGGGAAACCACCACCACCACCGUCCGGAUCUGGAACGAGACCGUCUCCAAUCUCACCCUCAUGGCUCUGGGCUCUUCGGCACCCGAGAUCCUGCUGUCGGUCAUAGAGGUCAUAGGUCACGGGUUCCACGCCGGCACACUGGGCCCCGCCACCAUCGUGGGCUCCGCGGCCUUCAACAUGUUCGUCAUCAUCGGGCUCUGCGUGUACGUCGUGCCGGAUGGCGAGACGAGGAAAGUCAAGCACCUCCGCGUCUUCUUCGUCACGGCCACCUGGAGCAUCUUCGCCUACAUCUGGCUCUACCUGAUCCUGUCCGUGAUCUCGCCCGGCGUCGUGCAGGUGUGGGAGGGGCUGCUCACCUUCUUCUUCUUCCCCAUCUGUGUGCUGUUCGCCUGGGUGGCCGACCGCCGCCUGCUGUUCUACAAGUACGUGUACAAGCGCUACCGCACUGGCAAGCAGCGCGGCAUGAUCAUCGAGACCGAGGGAGACCGCCCGCUUCCUUCCAAGGUGGACAUCGAGAUGGAUGGGAAGAUGCUGAACUCUCAUGGCGUUGACUUCCUGGACGGUCCGCUGGGUCUGGAUAUCGAUGAGAAGGAUCUGGAUGAGGAGGAGACCCGGAGAGACAUGGCCAAGAUCCUGAAGGAGCUCAAGCAGAAACACCCCGACAAGGAGGUGGAACAACUCAUCGAGCUCGCCAACUACCAAGUCCUCAGCCAGCAGCAGAAGAGCCGCGCCUUCUACCGCUGCCAGGCCACCCGGCUGAUGACGGGCGCCGGCAACAUCCUGAAGAAACAUGCCGCCGAUCAGGCGCGAAAGGCCGUCAGCAUGCAGGAGGUUCGCUCUGAUGUCGGCGACAACGACCCCGUCUCCAAGAUCUUCUUUGAGCCCUGCUCUUACCAGUGCCUCGAGAACUGCGGCACGGUGGCGGUGAACGUGAUGCGACGCGGCGGCGACUUGGGCAAAACGAUUUCUGUGGACUACCGGACGGAAGACGGCACGGCCAACGCCGGCUCGGACUACGAGUUCACAGAGGGCAUGGUGGUCUUCAAGGCCGGUGAGACAGUGAAGGAGAUCCGUGUGGGGAUCAUCGACGACGACAUCUUUGAAGAGGACGAGAACUUCCUGAUCCACCUCACCAAUGUGAAAGUGCUGACGCCCGAAGGCGAGGAGCCCGAGGACGGCGAGGCGGCCAAUCACGUGGACUCGAUGGCGUGUCUCGGCUUACCCGCCACGGCGACCGUCACCAUCUUUGACGACGACCACGCCGGUAUCUUUACGUUUGAGGAGCCCGUUUACCACGUGAGCGAGAGUGUCGGCACCAUGGAGGUGAAGGUGCUGAGAACGUCGGGGGCUCGCGGCGUGGUCACGCUGCCGUACAAGACGGUGGAGGGGACGGCGCGAGGCAGCGGGGAGGACUUCGAGGACGUUCACGGCAUCCUGGAAUUUCAGAACGACGAGAUCUUGUGAGUAACUCACCUUUUCAAGUUUGAAUCAUAAGUGUUAAUGUUAUUCGAGCAGAUAUUUAUCUGUCAUGAUCUGCUCGAUUUAUCAUCGUUCACGCUAUGUGUCGGUGUGAUGCUGCAGAUGUUGCUGCUGAUGAUGUGAGAAAGUGGAGGUGUGAGUGUGAUGUGGUGGUCACGAUGAGCGGCGAGGCGGACUGCUAAUCGGGGACCAAAUCAACAAUCCCCCACCCUCUUUAUUUUUCACUUGUCUCCACUUUCUACUCAUUCGUUCUCUACUUUCAUCCUCGUGUGUCUGUUUGAAUUCUAUCUGCUUUGGAUUCUGCUUUGCUGCUGUUUUAGUCUUCUGUGGGUUUGAUUCGGUUCCACUCUGUGCUGUUGUGCAGUCAGAACAAUGAGUGAAGCUUGUGAGCCGCCGGAGCCAAGACGUUGGGUUCUUUGUUGGACGGCUGAUGGUUUGAAUGUCGGGACAUGGAAAUAAUUGAAUUAGAAGUGUUGAAGUUUCCUCAAGUGAGGCACUUGAGGGAAACCUUAGAGGGGCCGGAUGCUGCAAGCGGUAAAGGAGUUCAGUAAGCAGCCGGGGUUCAGGGCAGUGCUAAGAAGGAGCUAUCUCUUCUCAACUUAAUUUGGAUACACAAAGGCUUUUAAAAGGAAACGCCUGCUGCCCUUUGAGAUGACUUCAGACUGUGUGAGAACAUCCCAGAGCAACCACUCACGCAGCCAGCUAGAGCCUUUUAUUUGUGUCAUCUUGUUUUGUGUGAAAAGAAGUUGACGUUUAAUUUAAGGAUCCCUGCCGUGAGACACCGCAGCCACAGUUCAAAGCUCUUCUCAGCUCAGACGCAGUGGACUCAUUAUCUGAUGGUGACUCGCGGUGAGGUCCGUGAUUUUAGUUUGACCGCAUCCCGGGAGGCUGUUUACCACAGCGGUGAUUUAGAAGGUGACGAGGCUCUCCAUCCUGACCUACUCACAGCUGAGAGAGUUAGAUCCAGCUAUCAGACAGAUGUUUGCACACUGCUGACAUCUGCAAUCUUUUUAACAGUAGACAUCAAGCUACAGCUGUAAUGAAUAUCUUAUUGUGAUUAUUUUGACUUAUAAAUCUUAUAAAAUUGAUUAUGUGUGAUUUUUGCGAGGAUCUGUAAGAGUUUUUUUUAAGUCUGUGUAGGUCAGGACGUCUCUGCAGCAACAUUUUUCACUUAAUAUUAUAUUUUCGAACACAUUUCGCCUUUAAUAAAUAUUACGCCUCUUGCAAUUUCAAAAUUGCAUUUGGGCAUAUUGCGAUUUUUAUCAAAUUAAUUGUGCAAAUCUACAUCAAGCUCAGAGUAUCAUCAUGUUGCUCACAGGCUCUGUUAUAAUUGCAUUUUAAUAGUUGUUUAUUACAAACAGAUGAUGUGUGAUGAUGAAGAGUCUUUGCCGUUUAGACUACUGGGAGAUUUGUAACUCAGUCCAGAUACUGGUGGUGUUGGCUGAUGAAGCUGAUGAAGCUGCAGAGACUGGGCAGAGAUGGGGAGUUUGAGGGACCCGUGUAACAUUGAUCAUGCUUGACAGCCACAAAAAAUGACAACAAGGAAAUUAAGAAAUAAACUACAGACCUUAAACGUGCAAUGGAUUGAAGUUAUGCUUGAGCUUCAUUUCUAAAUGGAUCCUUCAGUGCAAAAUGUGUUCUACUUAUUGUUUCAUGUUGUUAAUAUCAACAUAUUUCUGUUGCUCAUAGUCAUCUUUACACUAGUGAGACAUUGUCUUUGUGACUGCUGCUGAUUUCAAUCCUGUGUUUUUAUUGACCAACGUCAGAUGGAUGUGUGUGUUGAAGCUGCUCUUUUGACACAUGCACACAGGUAUGUGCACACUUAAUACACUCUCCAUACGUUCUCACAAUGCCAGGUGAAAUUGCUGUUUUUCACAAAACACUCAACAUUGUUUUUCUGUUAGAACGCUGGGGAAGGUGGGCUGAUGGCCUCUCUCUCAUACAGCAGGGUGGGCGUGUUCUCCAUGUCGACUCAAAUGACUGUUUGCAGUAGAGACUUCUCGCCGGGGCCUCGUCCUGUCUGGGCCUGUAGCUGUAGUCAGAAUACAAUCAACUCCACAGCCUCCAGCAGUGGGGGUGCUUUACUGCCUGGGCCUCUUGCUAGUUUAUGGAGUUGUCAGCAGGCUUUGACCAUUUGGAUCAUUCAUUAUCACAGAACAUUGGCUCAAUAAAUAUCUUUUGGAGGGAUGAUUGUCAUUGUCUUCUUUGGAGGCUUGAGGUUAAGAGCUGCUGCUGCUGUGGGCCUGUGGCUGGUUGAGAUACUCCAUGUGAUAUGGGACAGUAUUCAAAAUGAACUAGACCUGCCAGUUGGUGCAGACAUGCAGUGGGGAGGAGAUGUAGAGCUCCGUCUGUGUUUAGCUGGCAGCCAUCAGUUGUUGGUUGCAAUAGUUUGCCUUGGAAACCCAAAGUUUGCUUACAGCGCUUGUUUGGAAAUGUUGCGAUUGUUUGUGAGGACGGGGGGUUGUAAUGUCAUGAAACAAAGUGUGCUGUCGCGAUGAAUGAGUGGGAGAGAUGCUGUCUUAGUAACAGUGAAACUUUCUCACUUUUCUUCUGUUUUUGGUCCGAUUUGAAGCAGAUGUCUGGAGGGCUGGCUCGUUCAGCCUGUGGCCGACUGCAUAGUUUCCAUAGCUUGUUGCUCUUACAGCCACGACUAAGUGGGUUUUAAUAACACUUUGUCCAAAUCAAAUGAUGGACUGUCCUUCCGGCUAUCGUGGUAGCUCACUGUCUGUGUGUGCGUGCGUGCGUGUGUGCGCGUGCGUGUGUGCGUGUGCGUGUGUGCAUGUGCGUGUGUGUGUGUGCGUGUGUUUCCUAGGGGAAAGACCCAGAGGUGGAGCAGAAUGACUGCAGACUAUAGCACUCGUCUCUGAAGUGGAACAUGUAGGAAGAGGCCAUUUUGUAACCAGAAAAUCACAAGUUUGACUCCCACACAGUGUCCUUCAACAGUCGCCAGGGAAUAAUGUUGACUUUAGUAUCGCUGCAAACCACAGAUACAUUGAAUGUUCAAGUAUUUUUGGCAUCAUCAUGAUAAUGAUUACUUAGUCCACUCUGGACUGGUGGGAGUGGGGAUGGAUGGGUGGGUCAAACCAACACAGGACUUUAACCCAGGAGAUGGUUGUUCAUGUUCGGUAUGAAACUUAAAGUAAAUGUUGAUGCUUUUUAUGUUACAUCAGAAAGUCGGUGGAUUAUUUAUUUACUUUAGUUACAUUAUGUUACGAUUCGUUGUUACAUUCCGUUGUUAGGUUACAUUGUUACAAUAUGUUACGUUGUUACGUUACAUUGUUACGUUACAU